AUUUUUAAACAUUCGUAAAAGUUAUUGCUCAGUGGUUGCCGACUUUUCAUUGGCUGGAUUUUAACUCGUAUACGAAGAAUAGUACAUUUAUUGAAACUAAAAACUCCAUUCUGUCUCACUCACCCAUAUAUCCGGUAAGUGGGUUGAUGGACGAUAGUAAACAGUGAAACGAGCCCGGAAAGGAUGGUUGCUCAGGACAUAAAGCUAGAAUACGAUCGCAGAGCGAACAUGUUUGGACAAAAUCCAAAUUUUGCGACAUCGUCAGCUUGGCCUCAGCAGAGCUCUACGCAGAGCUCAGCGUCAUUCGCAGUGCAACCCUCUGUCAUUGAUAGCGGCUCGUUUUUGAAUGCUUCGCUGCAGAAUUCGAAUAAUGCCUACUCUCCAAACAUGUCUUUCAGCAAUAAUUCUGGUUUGUUGUUGUCUAGUCAGGCACAUAUGGGUUUCCCAAUGGCUGACCAUAUUCCAUCCACCUCUACCCAGAAUCCUCAUAGUGGUGCUGUCAUUACGCAUCAACAGAGUACUGUGAACAAUGCUCACAAUCGCUCUUUACAACGUGAAUCCGCCACUUCUCCUUUGAGAAAACUAAGCGUUGAUUUGAUCAAAACCUACAAAGGCAUCAAUGAGAGUUAUUAUGCACGAAAGGCGAAAAGGCGGCAUGAGCAAGAGCAUCAUACACAUGGACUUCAUCCAACAGCUCUAUCUGAACAUCAUCAUACUGCUCCACCACCCAAACAGGCCAUUUCACUCAAUCAACAAAUUGCUUCAAAUUUGAUACAGCAAAACCAUUCACAGCAAAUUCAACAUUCGAUGUUUUCGCAAGCUGCUGCGAUCCCUUCACUGUUGCAUCAUUUGCAUCUGCAGGUUGUCGAAAAUCCCCGUUCUGGAAGUCAUAAUAACGGUUAUGACGAUGAAAAUCAUGACUAUAUCAUACAUCCUGGUGAACUUUUCAACAAUAGAUAUCAGAUUGCAUGUCAUCUUGGUAAAGGCUCUUUUGGACAAGUUGCAAAAGCGUAUGAUACUUUGGAGCAGCAGGACGUCGCUAUAAAAAUUAUUAAAAAUAAAAACCAUUCCAUGAUCAAGCUCAAAUUGAAAUCCGUGAAACUGAAGACUCAUUUCAUGUGGCGUAAUCACUUGUGCCUUGUUUUUGAACUUCUUUCGUACAAUUUGUACGACUUAUUAAGAAACACAGAUUUCCAUGGUGUUUCGCUCAAUCUCACAAGGAAGUUUGGGCAACAGUUGGCCAGUACAUUGAUGUUUCUUUCAUCGCCUCAGCUGAAUAUCAUACAUUGCGAUUUGAAACCCGAGAAUGUUCUUUUAUGUAAUCCAAAACGCUCUGCGAUCAAAAUAAUCGAUUUUGGCUCAUCAUGUCAACUUGGUCAUCGUAUUUAUCAAUACAUACAGUCAAGGUUUUAUCGAUCACCUGAAAUCCUCUUGGGUUUGCAGUACGACACAGCCAUUGAUAUGUGGUCUCUCGGUAUAUACUUUUCAAUUCCUGUUGCAUCUAUUUAA